AUGGGUCUAGUAGGCUACUCUGACUCUGAAGGCUCAGACGCCGAGCCAACCACUACACCCGCACCCAAGUUUGGCAGGGCAAAGAAACUCGGCUCCAAAACUGGAUCCCUGGUCGACCGCAGCAACCCAGGCAAGAUCCGCGUCGCGAUUCCGGAAAUCCAACCUGAACACACAUCUGGCGAAGAAACCGAAGAUGGUCCGCGCAAAAAGGCUCGUCUCGGUGGAGGAGGGGGCUUUUCCGGAUUCAACGCUUUCCUUCCAGCGCCGAAACGAACACUCGAAAAGAAAGCACAAGUGGCGACAACACGAAAACCGUUUAGUCUCAAAACGGGAGCAGGCCCUGGGUUUGAUCGCACAGCUGAUGCGGAGAUGAAGAAUGAUUACGCAUUCGAAAAUCUGGCGGGCGGAGAUGCGGAGGACACUACAUCUGCACCUGGCAGCUCAAAACCCGACACUGCAUCAGAUGCACUGGCGGACACAAUGAAAACCCCAGCGGAAGUCAAAUUGCAAGGAAAUCCGAUGAUGUUCAGACCGUUAUCCGUCGGACGACCUCAAAAGAAGAGAAAGACCACCAAGAAUGCCGAGAAGAUUGCCGAGCAGCCAAAACCUUCCUCGGCAGCAGCGCCGAGCGCUCAACCUCUACAGCAGGCCCCCGUCCCCGCUCCUGCACCACCAAAACCCAAAGUCAGUCUCUUCUCGCUAUCUUCGGACGAGGCCACUUCUCAGCCAGGCCCGGCACCUGGACCAUCAGCAACCUACCAGCCGCUGGUAUACAACGCCGAAGACGAAGAGUUAUCAGCAGCUGGUCAAGUACUCGCCGAGCCUGCAUCAGUCGCCAUAGACUAUUCCACGGCAACAGUAUCAUCCAAUCCUACGUCAUCCUUGGAUAGCAUUGCCAACGACCUGAACUUGUCCAAGGCCGAAAGGCGCCAGCUCUUCGGUCGGAACGCCACGCCGUCGCAGUCACAGGUGCGUACCUUCAACACGGACGAGGAGUACAAGUCGAACCAGGUUCUGGCGCAAACCGAGCUAGCCGGAGCGCAGCACAACCCUGUACGCUCCAUUGCGCCGGGAAAGCAUACCCUACAGCAAUUGCUCAAUGUUGCAAGCUCUCAGAAGGAGGCACUGGAGGAAAGCUUUGCAACGGGUCGGAGGAACAAGAGGGAAGCUGGAUCCAAGUACGGAUGGUAG